CUAACUUUAUUUUACUAUAAUUUGCUAAUUAAUUAAUUAAUUAAUUAUUAUUACAGUAUUAUUAAACACUUGAAGACUUGAUUCACAAAUGGCCUCAAAGACUGUCACUGAGAACAAAGCGCCCACUUUUGGCACUUCUGCUGAUCCAAGGGUUGACUUCUUCUUCCAUAUCAUAGAAGACGCACAAAAAGACAAGACAUUAAAAUUGGUGAAGAAGUCGUGGAAAUGUCAUUCGUUGGAUACUUUGAAACUGAUGGCUCAUAUGAGGGAUUGUCGUAAUGGGAAAGGCAUUCGCAGACAAUAUCACAUGUGUUUGGUUUGGCUUUUCAACAAUCAGUUCCCAACACUAAUGGCUAAUCUUAAAGAAUUGGUUUCAUUUGGUUAUUGGAAAGAUUUGCUUCAUUUGCUUAUGAUUUUACUGUUUGACGGACACAUUCCCGAGUAUAUGGCCAAAGAUGAUGGAUAUAAAUCAAGUGAUCGAUCUGUCAAAAGAGGAACUGAACAAAAAAAGAAGUUUUUAUUUCCAACAUAUGAUCGAUUGGUGUUAAGAAGUCUCAGAAAAGAAAGACAAAAACGAAAGAAAGAGAUGAAGGCUGCCAUCAAAAAGACUAAAACAGAUUCAGAGGACAUUGAGAUGAAAGAUGUGACCAAAGAAUCGGUGAACGAUGUUGUUAUGCAAACCGUUGCGAACAGAGCUCAGGCAUUACAAGAGAGUCGAAAAAUAUUUGCACAAAAGAAAUAUGAAUCUAAUGUUAAAUAUCGUGAACUUUAUGAUAAAAUUGUUGAUUUAUUUGCUAAUCAAUUGAAGAUUGAUUUGGAGAAAAUGGCAAAAGAUAUCAAAUCGAUAUCAUUGGCCGGGAAGUGGGCGCCAACUAAUGCCCAUCACUUCGAUAAAUAUCUUUCAAUUAGUUUACCGAUUGGCAAACGUUUGUGUCAACUGACGAAUAAACUCGAAUUGAAAGACAAACCGAAAGAUAUUUCAGAGUUUUAUCAGAAGGAAGUUUGUGCUCCGAUUCGCAAAUAUCUAAAGAUUCCCGAAGUCUUUAUGGCUUCAAAUCAGUGGUCAGACAUCGACUAUAGUCGAGUCGCUUCCAAAUGUAUGCAAAAGAAUAAGUCUGUGUUUAUUAAAUACGAUAAACAAAGAUUUGAAGAAUACUUAAAAUCAAAGGAAACCAUUGCCGGUGCUGUUCUUAAACCCGUCGAACUCGUCAAUAGAGGCGAUAAGUUCUUAUUUGAGGUUUAUAAGCAAGAAAUUACCGAAGAAGAAAAAUUAGAGCGAAUGGUAAUUGAGAAACAAUGGCUAUCUAUUUGCGAAAACAUCAAAAAGAAAGGUGGAGGUCUCUUUGAUAAUGCCAUUGCUGUUUGUGAUGUCAGCGGAUCAAUGAAUGGCACACCAAUGAGUGCAGCCAUUGGUCUCACACUUCUAGUAAUGUAUUUAUCGGCUGAACCGUGGAAUUCACUCUGUAUUACAUUUGCCGAGAAACCACAAAUUCAUUUCGUGGACAAGAAAUUAUCGUUUAUUCAAAAGUUGAGAUCACUUCAUAACAUGCAAUGGGGCGGAACCACAAACUUUAACUCAGUAUUCAAUUUGAUUUUAAACAAAGCGGUCGAACAGCGCCUCAAAAACAAUCAAUUACCUAAAGUUUUGAUUGUGUUCACAGAUAUGGAGUUUAAUCAGGCCUUUCCUAAUACAAAGAUGACUAACUAUGAAAUGGCCAAAAAACAGUUUGAAAAAAGAGGCUAUAAAUUGCCUCCAAUUAUAUUCUGGAAUCUCAGGUCAGAUAAGACAUCGAUGUCAACACCCGUCCAAAUGAACGAAAUGGGAACCGCAUUACUGUCCGGAUAUUCGGGUCAACUCUUAUCUCUUAUUUUAAAAGCCGAUGACUUGGAAAAUAUAACCCCAUAUUCAAUGAUGCGGUCGGCUAUCGAUAACAAACGCUAUGAUAAUCUUUAUGUUGUUUACGAAAAAGAAAAUUUAUAAAAUUGUAUAAAUUU